AAAUCAAAAGAGAAAAUGUGGGGUGUUGCAUUGAGUGUUGUUAUAGCUUUAGUAGUGGUGAAAAUCACUCUCUGGUUUUACAGAUGGGCUAACCCUGAGUGCUCCUCCGGCAAGUUACCUCCGGGUUCAAUGGGGUUUCCGAUGAUCGGAGAAACCAUUGAGUUCUUCAAACCUCACAGUUUCUACGAGAUCCCUCCAUUUAUCAAGAAAGGAAUGUCAAGGUACGGAUCCUUGUUUCGAACGAGUAUCCUCGGCUCUAAGACGAUUGUCUCGACAGAUCCAGAAGUGAACUUUGAGAUCUUCAAACAAGAAAACAGGUGUUUCGUGAUGAGCUAUCCAGAAAUUAUCCUCAGAAUCUUCGGGAAAGAUAACUUGUUCUUCAAGCAAGGCAUGGAGUUCCACAAAUACAUCAGACACAUUGCCCUGCAGCUUCUUGGUCCCGAGUGUCUGAAGCGGAGAUUUAUACACGAAAUCAACUUAACGACACACGAGCAUCUAAAAACCGACUCCUCUCGAGGUGUCUUAGACGUGAAGGAUACUGCUGCAAGAUUGAUACUGGGACACAUGAUCCAAAUGGUUAUUAGUGACAUCAAAUCUGAUAUUAAGAGCAAGAUAAUACUCAACUUGAGAAAAAUCAGUCUCGAGGCUUUAAGGUCUCCUUUUGACCUUUCUAUUUGGAAGGGUCUUUACAAUUGUCUUAUGGCUCGUAGAAAUGUGACAAAGAUGCUCAAGGACAUGUUUAAAAAGAGAAGGGAAGAAGCAUCAUCAGAUGGAUUAAGAUAUGGAGAUUUCAUGGAGACAAUGGUAGAUGAGGUGGAGAAAGAAGGCGACAAAGUGAACGAGGAAAGAGCAGUAGAACUAAUCCUAGAUAUACUGAUUGGUUCUUCUGAUACUACUUCUACUAUCAUUGGAAUAACUGUGAAAUUCAUCGCUGAAAAUCCGAAAGUGCUUAGGGAGUUGAAGAGAGAGCAUGAGACAAUCCUUACAAACAAAGAUGACAAAGAGUGUGGAAUCACUUGGAAAGAAUACAAAUCCAUGAUGAAUUUCACACAUAUGGUUAUUAAUGAGUCUCUUCGUCUGGCAACUUUGGCACCAACUAUAUUUAGAAAGGCGGUGAGUAAUGUGGAGAUCAAAGGGUAUACGAUUCCAGCGGGAUGGAUUGUGGUGGUUGCUCCAUCUGUUCUUCAUUAUGACCCUCAAAUAUAUGAAAAUCCAUGUGAGUUUAAUCCAUGGAGAUGGGAGGGGAAAGAAUUGCUUUCUGGCUCCAAAACGUUCAUGGCUUUUGGAGGUGGUGCAAGACUCUGUGCAGGAGCAGAGUUUGCUAGGCUUCAGAUUGCCAUAUUUAUUCAUCAUCUAGUCACAAAUUAUGACUUCUCUUUGAUUGAUAAUCAUGAUAUCAUUCGAGCACCAGUACUUCGUUUUUCCAAACCGAUACGCAUUACUAUCUCUGGAACUCAUUGAGGUGAUCGUUAUGUGGGAAUCUGUUAAAAUUAUGCAAGUCUUUU